GGGCCAAAACCCCCGGCACCGGCACCGGGAGCUGCUGCUGCCGCCGGGACCGGAGCGCAGGGAGCCGAGCAGCCGCCUGGGCUGCUCCCAGGAGGCUCUUGCUGGCCCUGCCUGCCCGGUGGGCACCACAACAUCCCUGUGUUGCCCCCAGCGAUGGCUGAGGAGCUCAGUGAGCUGCUGAGGGAGUUUGACGAGGUCAUGGAAGACUUUGACCGGGGCCCUGCAAGUCAGUACCAGCAGCACCUGGAGGAGCUGAAGAGGAAAGCGGGACAGAGCGUGUACGACAGCGGCAUCGAUGAGCUGGAGAGUGCCAGCACGUCCCCAGGAAGCAGCCUCAACUCCAGUGAGGAGCACCUCAACACCCCAGCUGACACCUAUCCCACCAAAGCAAAGCUUGGAGACACGCAGGAGCUGGAGGAGUUCAUCGCAGACCUGGAUAAAGCCUUGGAGGAGAUGUGAGCUGUGCCUUGGAGUCUGGCGAGGAGCAGCCCCAGCCCUGAGUCUCCCUGAUGCUGCCUCUGCUUCUGCACCCCUGGCUGGGGUGGGGAUGGCUCCUGGGCCGCACCGGGGACAGGGACGGGCACUGGGGAUGGAUCUGGCCGUGGGACGAUGGUGGCCAAGCCCUGCCAGCGCCAAGAGAGCACAGCCCUGGGCGGGCAGCGGGCCCUGCCCUACGCGGGGUCUGGCGGCUCCUGGGACCGAGGGGUUUGGGGGGAGUCUGGGCCGCUGUUGAAGCCCCUGGAGUGAUUUUGGGGAAGAUCAGCUUGCAGGACAUCAGCGUGACCUCGGUGUCCCCCCAGGCCGGGAAGCCCUGUUCCUUGGUGGCAUCUGCCACUGCUGACCCUUUGCUUUGCAUGGGGAGCCCCAAAUCGGGCCCCUCCCUGUCCCCCCCAUGCCUCUGCCCCACUGCUGCUGUAAAUACUGUAAAAAAGAUGUUCUGUGCUGUACAGAGGGGACGUGUUUCUGUGAACAGGAUUUUAAACCUC